AUGCCUCCAAUUCUCCGAAACAGCGCAUCUGCACUACCUCGUGUUGUCUGCUAUUACCAGACAUAUUACCCAAAUAAUGGCAAUGAAUACGUCUCAAUGCUACCUCUGGUAGCGAACAGCUCUGGUAUAACACAUGCUAUCCUUGCUGCGAUCCACAUCAAUGCCAACCCAGGGAACAUCACCCUCAAUGAUGAUUCCCCGUAUCAUCCCCGCUAUACAGCUCUGUGGGCAGAAACAAAGAUUUUGCAAACCCGAGGGAUCAAAGUCAUGGGGAUGUUAGGUGGAGCCUCACGAGGAAGCUUUGAGCGCCUUGAUCAAAACCCCUAUUCCUUUGAGCGAUAUUAUACUCCUCUUCGAGAUAUGAUCCGACAUCACGCGCUUGAUGGAUUAGACCUAGACGUGGAGGAGGAUAUGUCUCUUGAAGGUAUUAUCCGACUGAUUGACCGUCUCAAGUCCGAUUUUGGGGAACAAUUCAUUAUCACGCUGGCUCCCGUUGCGACCGCCCUGAUUGAGGGACUCCCCCACUUGUCGGGAUUUAACUACAGAGAACUGGAGGCCGCACGAGGUUCGAAGAUCGCAUGGUAUAAUACCCAGUUUUACAAUGGCUGGGGCGGCAUCGAGAGUACGGAGGUAUAUGACCAGAUAAUGGCUGAGGGAUGGGCAGCAGCAAAAGUGGUGGUAGGGAUUUUGACAAACCCUGGAAAUGGGUCCCAGGGUUAUGUGUCAAUAGAUAAGAUGAGCUUUAUUAUAGGGAUGUUGAUGCUGAAAUACCCAGGUUUUGGGGGAAUUAUGGGCUGGGAAUAUUUCAAUGCGUUGCCUGGAGGUGUGCAACGACCAUGGCAAUGGGCGGCUUGUAUGUCUUUAACGAUGGGGAUGGGGACACUUUACUCGAUGGUGGUGGAAGCCCAGUUUCUUCAGUAG